AAUUCUGCUUGCUACUGUGCACCCCCACUAAUCAUAAAUUUUCAUGCAGUUCCUUUCCUUUUAUGCUCUCUGAUCUUGCACUAGCUCUUAAUAUUAUAUAUAUAUAUGUACGUCGUUGUGUUGUGUUGUGUCUGUGAAGUGGUGGCUUAACUUGUUGCUGAAAUGAGCAUCAUCUCGUGGGUCACAGGAUGGCCUGGGCCAAGUGGGUUUGGAUCAGCUUCUACUGCUGAACAGGUUACUGAAGGCAUUGAUGCAACCAAUCUCACAACUAUUAUCACUGGUGGAGCAAGUGGGAUUGGAUUAGAGACAGCAAGAGUCUUGGCUCUUCGUAAAGCUCAUGUGAUUAUAGCAGCAAGAAACAUGGAAGCUGCAAAUGAAGCAAAGCAACGUAUUCUUAAAGAAGUUAAAGAUGGUAGAGUAGAUGUUAUGAAACUGGAUUUGGCCUCCAUCAAAUCUGUCCAUGAAUUUGCUGAUACGUUCAUUGCUCGUAAUCUACCUCUCAACAUCUUGAUAAACAAUGCUGGAAUUAUGUUCUGCCCCUACCAGCUCUCUGAAGAUGGAAUAGAGAUGCAAUUUGCUACUAAUCAUAUUGGUCAUUUCCUGCUGACAAAUCUUCUCCUGGACAAAAUGAAAGACACUGCAAGAAGCAGUGGCAUUGAGGGUAGGAUUGUGAAUUUGUCAUCAAUAGCCCACAUCCACACUUACAGACAUGGAAUUCGAUUUGAUAAACUCAAUGAUAAGCGAAGUUAUUCUGAUAAAAGAGCAUAUGGGCAAUCCAAGUUGGCUAACGUACUGCAUGCCAAAGAGCUCACUCGUCGCUUUCAGGAAGAGGGUGUGAAUAUUACAGCCAAUGCAGUCCAUCCAGGGUUGAUAAUGACCAAUCUCAUGAGAUAUUCUGCUCUUCUGAUGAAAAUAUUGAAGUUUUUUAGUUUUGUGCUAUGGAAGAAUGUACCUCAGGGAGCAGCAACUACAUGCUACGUGGCACUUCACCCAAGUUUAAAAGGUGUGAGUGGAAAAUACUUUGUGGACUGCAAUGAGAUGAAACCAAGCACAUAUGCUAGGGAUGAAUCGCUGGCAAGCAAACUCUGGGAUUUCAGCAACAAGCUCAUUACCUCUGCUUCAAAAGCUUAAAGAAAAUAUUAAUCAUUGUGAAGAAAUCAUCACCACCUUUCCCAAAGCUUCAUCUUUGUUACAAGAAAAUUUGGAAAAAAAACCCAAACAAAUUCUAGUGUACAAAUAAAGAAGCUUUUGCAGGGCAUAUGGAAUCAUCUUGGAGCUUAGCAUUUAUGCCAUUGAAGAACUUUACUGGAAGCUUCAUCACCCACAUAUGUAUUAUAAUAUACAUAGAUAUUUUGUGUGCAUGAGUGUGAAAUGUGUGGGUGACGUGUGUGUAAGGUUUAGUGCUAAGGAAAAUAUUUAUCUAAAUCGAAUUGAGUGUGUGGCAUCUUGCUCUUGCUCAUUUAAUAGUCAGUGAUUAUAGUAUUUGGCCCUUUUUUUUUUU